UUCACGCAAAAUGUUCGAGCAACACUCAUCAAGAUUGUAUCGUGUUAGUAUGAUUCACGUCCUGUAAUGUCUUCGUGACUAAGGUAGAAAGUGGCAAAGACUGAACUUUCAUUUUAAGGAUUAUUCAAGAGAGUAAUUUCCGGCUCAGAAUCAAAUAUUUGUAAGGCUUUUGGGGACUCAAAAAUUAAGGUAUACUUAUAAAACCUAUGUACCAGGUUUGGUUUUAUACAAGGGCUUCUAAUGCAAUUUUUAAAACUUAUAAGGAGCGAAAUGCUCUUAUAAAAAUUAUUUUAUUGGGAUUUUACUGCAGGUCAUACAUCAAGUACUUGAAGUUUACCUGUUGUUGCUGUUGUUGUUGUUGCUAAAAUUUGCAGAAAAUCGCGGGUUGUUCAAAAGCAACAUGUGUGAAGUAACAACCGGUCGACAAAAACCAAGUCUAAUAACUCAAAGAAAGCAUUGAUUGAAAGAAAUUGCUGACAAAAUGCUAGUUGGUACCUUUAAUGUUCUGUGAAAAGGACGGAGUUUUGAAUAGUAUGUUGAACAGGAGACCAAUUGAUGACUGGACAACUCCAAAGCCUGCAUCAGCAAGGAGCUCCCCAUCAAGAAACAACAGUUUAAUGAUGAUUAAGAAAGGCAUUGUCAAAUCUGGUCCCAAAAUUGGAGAGGAAUAUACGCUAGAGUACCCCAGGAAAACUUCAAAGGAGCAUGCAAUUGACAGCUCAAUGAACAUCAUCAACUCUAAAGAUGAGAGUAUUUCUUUCAAGAAUGGAUCUUGUCAACUGGAUGCAUUCCUCCCAAAAGCUUCUGUACAUAUGAUAUCAAGAUCCAACCCUGCAGUGAAUGAAAAUCAAAGCAGCAAUCCAGCCUCUGAUGGAUUUUGGGCAACAAUGAAACCACAAUGCUAUGGCAAUGCUGUUACAUCUGCCAAAAAUCACAUUGAAUACGAGCCCAGAUCUAGUAACAUGACAGACCAAAGCAAGAGGAGCAAUUAUAUGGAGGUCCACAGCUCAUAUGGAAAUGCAACCAACUAUCCAAUUUCUCAUGACAUGAGAUCUGUUAAGCACAUUGAAAAUCUUGGCAGUCUAGGAGCAUUCCAUUCUAGCCAGAACAACCCUGUAACAGUCAGAGACAGGCAAGUAAUGCAGUCCCAUGAGAAAAGGUAUAUGGAUGCUGAAAGCAAAGGAGAAGCCCCAGUGACGAGCCAGUAUUUGCAAUAUCAAAGCCAAGGCUCACAGUAUGACAUUUAUCAAUCAGUUAUGCAAAUAAAAGCAAUACCAAGUGCAUCCAGUUUGGCCCCUGUUAACAGCAAAGAUUCCAUAAGCAGUGAUAGGUCAGGAAAAUGGGAUCAUGUAAUGAAUGCUAAAGAUGAUUUGAUAAAACAGAAAGAUCUUGUAAUUUCAAGACAGAAACAAACAAUAGAGCAGUUACAGUUUCACAUUGGAGAUAUUGAAGAAAGAAUAAACCAGAAUUCAUACAGGUUGUCAGCUCAACGAAAGGAUGAUGAGAAAAGCAAGGAAAAGUUCAAAGAAGCUGAAGGCCAUAUUGCUCAGUUAAAGGCGCAGCUUCUCCAUAUCAGCACAACUAAGCAGGAAGAAGUUGAAAAGCUACAAAAGAAGCUUGGGGAGACAGAGUAUGAGCUGCAGAAACUGGAAAAGGGCUUCAAAGAUGUUGGUCGAGGCCAAGCCAAACAAAUAGCAGAGUUAAAACAAAAGAUUGAGGAGCGAAACGAAACUGACAAAAAGCUGAAAAAAUCAAUUGAAGUUCUUCAAAGUGACUUGAAAAAAGAAAGACGCAAGGCUCAAAGCUUACGCCAAUAUCUUGAGAAUUUGCCAACCGCAGAGGAACACAACAAAAGCCAGCAAGAAGUUAAGGAAAUAAAAACAGAGAAAGCAAAAUUAGAAGGAAAGAUCGAGGAUUUAGAAGAAACUUUGAAAGAAUUCAAGGAACAGUUAAAACACAAGAAAUCCCAGCUUGAUGAAGAAACGUUGUCAAAAAAUGAAAUCCAAAAUGAAGUUAACAGGCUCAGUGACACAGUGAGUCGAUACAAAGAGAGAGAAAAAAACGGACCAAUUACGAUGGAAGAAUUUGAUGAAGUGAAAUGGGAUAAUGAAAGGUUGAAAGGGGAAUGUGAUCGACUGAAGAAACUAUUAGUUCAAAAGCACAAGAAGAUGGAGAAAUUACACCAAGAAAGCCAGGCCACUCUCAAAGCUCUGGAGGAGCGUUUAGGACAGGAAGAGAACACAGUCAAUGUUCUCCGAAAAGACAUUGAAGACAAAGAUAACACUUUGGCAGAACUUCGAGGCUCUGUAAAACAGUUUGCUGACAAAAGUCAAGAUCUGAUGCGGGAAAAUAUUUCUUUAAAAGAUCUACUGCAAGAGUUUGAAAAGUUGACGAGCUCAGAAGUACAACAAGCGCAUCAUCAAGUUCAUAAGGAGCUUGCAUCUUGUGUUUCCGAGAUACAGUACCUCAUCGAUCUUUGUUCGCAAAUUGCAGAAGGCCAGGAUCCAAACAUAUCAGCUCUGCUAGGAAUCAAAGGACAAGCCGAAGCUCCUGCUACAGAAGACCUGGCCAUCCUGCUAAUCCAUUUGGUAUUGAAGCUGCAAAAGCCAAGUUGAAAAAGAUCAGAUUGCUAAGAUCUGAAAUCGAUAAGCUCAGAACUUUUGUUUCAGAUAAGUAUGCCGAAGAAGUAGGAAAUAACUGCAUAACACAAUAAAUUUUGUUCUCCUUGUAAAAGUUACAUUAAAAUAUGAUAAAUAUUUGACGAUACAGUGUAAAUAGUUGCGUUCAGACAUUUUCUCGCUGCAUUUGCAGUUCGAUAUUUGUAGUUAUAUUGUCUAAUUAUUUAUUGCUGUAAAUUUGUUUGGAAAAAAAUGUCUUGAUUUAGCUCUCUAUAAGAGAUAAUGAAUUUGCUUGAUAAAAUUUAGCGUUUAGAUGAUUGUGUAUUAUAGGAUAAAAAUUGUAAUUUUUUGAUGCAACAGAUGAUAUUCAGUAUAUUACUAAACAUGUCUAUGUGUCCAUGUCCUUUCGCUAUCCGGUCAAUGAUUUAACUGUUUUGUUGAGUGACCCUUUUAAGUCAAUGUAAAGCAUUCCGUGUCUUAAUAAUUGUUCAAAAAAUCUCUUACAAAAAAACACUAAAAUCACGGUUGUAGUUAGUAGCAAAUGUUGUCGGCUAAUGAAAAUAAUUAAAUUGUUCUUCCGAGACUCGAUCAAAGACCGCCAGAAAGGUUGAAUACAUGAAAAAAGUUUCUUCAUUCUGCUGCAUAAGUCUCGCAUUAAAAAAUUAACGGUUUCUGCCAGUUUCCUACAGCCCUCUGCAACACGCACCCCUCUCCUCCAAAACAAUCAAGGUUUUAGUGUUAUCAUAAUAGCGAUUUUUGCGAUGUUUAUAGUCCGGCAAUGUUAUUUGGAAUUCCUGUGAAAAUUAAAAAGAGCCUUGAUUCCCACCAUCUAGCCACGUGGCCAUUUUGCAUUAUUUAAAAUGUAGCAGUUCAUUUUAGACAUUAAUAAAGUGUAGCACUAUUUAUAAUUUCGAUGAAAGGAAUCAUUUGCAGCUAAUCCUAAAAAUCAGAAGUUUCAUGUUCCAAU